AUGGACGGAAACUCGAUGGCUGCUGAUCGCAAACAAGCGUCAUCAGAUGCACCCAGGACCAAAAAGAGUUCGUCUUCCGAUUUGGGAAGUGACUCUGUGAGCUACGUUUCCGGCCGAGGUGCAGCACCCGGUCAUGCUCCCAACGGCUUGAUCCUCAAGGGUGGACGCGUCAGACUACCGGACAAGCUCAUGGAGUACCUAAACAAGGACGUUGCUCCAGAAGCUCUCUACUGGAUGCCAGACGGAGACAGCUUUGCACUGGACACGGAAAAGGCACCAGCGCAGGUCUUAACCAAGUACUUCAGUGGCACUAAGAUGACGUCAUUUCUUCGUAGCAUCAGUCGUUGGGGCUUCAAGCGAGUGUUCUAUCAUUCUCUUGAAAGACAUGUGUAUGCCUUCCAUCAUCCUCUAUUCAAGAAGUCUUCGCCACAUCUGGAGAAGGAGAUGAAGAUGAUUGUCGCAGCUCCCACCAAGGCAAGGCGAUCCAAACAGAAGAAAGGAAGUAGCCAGGAAGCUAACGGUACACCACAACUUCCUGUAGCCACGGAUGCACUUUCAGGUGCUCCGCCUGAAGCAGCGCCACCUGCGACUCCUCUGGUGGUGCUGACAGCACCUGCCCCUCCUCCCGCCCUUCUCAAUGUGGCUGCAAUGCAGCCAAGUUCGCACGUGAACGACUCACUUGGAGUCAACAGCCUGUACGCCCUGCAACAGCUGACAGGUGCCACCACCAAUGCAGCUGCCGCAGGGAUGAGCCAGAUGCAGCAGCCUUUGGGACCAUCACAAGCAUUCCCCCAGUCCCACCUGGCGCUUCAAAACUCCUCCACCCGCAGCUCUGGGAACUCAUCCCCUACCUUCCAAUUGCUGCAACUCGCUCUGGCUCGCCAGCAAGCGCAACAGUUGCAGCAGCAACAGGAAGAACAGCGACGUCAAGCAAUGAUCCUUGGCCUGUUUCAGAAGACACUGCAGGCGCCGCCAAACAACAAUAACAACCAGGGAUAA